CAAAACCUCCUUCUAUAAAGUUCACUGCGUAUCCCGUCUCACACUUUAAUCGUUGCAUUGUAAAACGCUCAUUCUUCAACCCAUAUCCAUGAAUUAUCAACAGAUCAACUCCGUUUUCAGAUAAUGAUACCCACUCAACUCAUCUCCAUGCUAUAAUGCCCUCAGGCAAACCCAAUUCCUCUCCCAACACCAACAACCACAACCCAUCAAGAACUUCCUCUAAAAACCACAACACCCCCUAUCAAAACGACUGGGUAACAAUGACCGAAACAACAAUAUCUGAAGAGGAAGAUAUCAAAUGUACCCCCGUAUCAAAAGAAACAAGAACGACUUCUUCACCAGCAAGAAAUGUCUCGGCAGAUAAUGUUAGCUCUUCGCUCAAAACGCCCAAGAGCGAAGCCUCACAUGAAGCCUCGCGCCAUAUUGGGCCAGAGACAGAGACAGGGACAGGGCUCCCUCGCUACUCACCGGGCGCUGUAGAAAAGCCAUCUCGUUUCUCUCCAAGAAAUGAAUAUGGAUAUGAGAUCGAUAUCGAUAGCGACUUCGCUAUAAACAUGGAUAUGGAAAACAAUCCAGAAGAAGAAGAAGAUGAUGAUGAUGCAUAUCAUUACACAUACAAACCCAACGCAUCCCUACCUCAUCCACCUCAUCUACCUCACUCCCCUCCACCCUCCUUAUCCUCCCACAUACCCCGCACCCCGCACUCCCUCCCCACCCCCGACCUCGUUUCUUUUUUUCCGGCCCUAGAAAACCGCAAUGAGCACUUCAACAACUAUUUCCAAAGCAUCAGGUUCUUCGAAAACGAUAUUACCAUACCCGGAGAUCCAGAACUCAACCCCUUAUCUCGUGAUACUUCAGAUUCAGACGUUUCCAGACGCGACGAACAAUCAGAAGAAGAUGGCGAUGAUAGAAAACAGAACUCCACCCCUGAAAAUGGAGGAAGCAAAACGACGGGUUCUUGCAUACGCACUCACGUGGAUGAGUCUUCCCAGCAGACUUGUUCUAUUCUUCAAAUUCCUGAUUUAGAUGAGGAGUACGAACAAGAUCCCCACCUUGACCUGUAUCCUGAGAGUGAAUUUGAUUCUUCUUCUGUAUUGUCAUCAGCGUCAUCAGAAGAAAAAGUGGAUUGAUGUUAGAUGAUCUUGAGGAUUUGAUGAAAUGGGGAACACCAGGGAUUGGCUGGGAGGGGUUUAUUAUGAUUUGGUAUGAUAUAUAACGACAUGAUGCACAUCCCAAAAACCACACACAAGGAAUAUAAGUGCAUAUUUUAGCGAUCAGACCACAAUCUUCCUUCCAAAAGGAUAGGAAGGUCAGGCGGGGGAGGACAAAUUGCAAAAAGCCAUGGUGUAUCAGACACUCUAUGAUAAGGACCAACAGGACAGAGUCGGCUCGGUGUUAUACAUUUUGAUACUUUACUUAUACUACUACUUUAGUAAAUUUCAUCACCUUAAGAAAUUAGAAAUGGAAAAUAAUCAC